AUGGAGACAGUUGCAGAUGUACGUCGUGUUAUGGUGAUUGGCGCAGGAGCGGCCGGACUCCUCAUUGCUCAAGUGCUAAAGAAGCAUGGCGUGCAUUGCAAAGUCUUUGAACAGGAUACAAAAGCCGAUGCGCGGCCACGAGACUGGAAUUAUGGAAUAUAUUGGGCACAAUCAUACCUGGCUGAGUGCCUCCCACCAGAAUUAGUCAGUCAGCUGGAAUCGACACAGGUUGACUUGCAUACACCGUCAGAGAGUGAUUUCUUGCCGAUAUUCAACUUAGCGACUGGAGAGCCUCUCAUUUCCGUGCCCACGCCGUACAGCUACCGUCUGCAGAGGAGAAAAUUUCUCAAUUUGAUCUCGACUGGCAUCGAUAUUCAGUAUGGAAAAUGCCUAACUGCGGUCCACUCUGAUAACAAGACGGUGACGGCCCUAUUUGAAGACGGCAGCCAGGAAACCGGAAAUUUACUGAUCGGCACAGAAGGUGCCCAUUCCCGUGUUCGUGAAUAUCUACUAGGCAAGGAAAAGGCCGCAUUGAUUCCCUCCCGCAUUGUGGCCUCGGCCACGAUCUCGCGUCUUCCAGAGCAGGAGGUUAAUGCCCUAAGAAAUCUGCAUCCCAGAUACUGUAUCGCAUUCCAUCCUGAUGGCUACUUCAACUGGUUUGGCAUCCAUAAUGAGGCCACACAAUCAAAAGACUGCGUAUUCAUGAUCAUCUUGUCAUGGAUUUCAGAAUCAGAUACCGGCCUAUCAGGCACGGCCAUCGCAGCCGAUCUGAAGAAAAGAGCUAACACGUUCGGGGAGCCAUUCAGGACAGUACUACAUUCCAUCCCUAGCGAGACAACAUUCUGGCACAACAGGCUCUCGUCCUGGCCAACGCAACCGUGGGACAAUCAUAAUGGCACAGUUACACUGGCGGGAGAUGCUGCUCAUCCGAUGACUUUCCAUCGUGGGCAGGGCUUGAACAACGCGAUUACGGAUGCCGCCUAUUUCGGCCGCCAACUGGCAGCCCUUGAUACGAAAUCACCUGAAUCUCUUUCUGCAGCUGUCACCGCUUUCGAAGAGGAGCUGUGGAAAAGAGGAAAUGAAGCAGUGACCCAAUCCGACGCAAAUAGUCUCUCAGUCCACAACUGGGAGGAACUCAAGAGCUCCCCACUCUUCACAUCUGGCUUAAAGCAGGGAUCUUCGACCUAA